CUUUCUUUUAAGUCCAUGAAACAUGCGUCACCGUGUUCAGAAUUCAGAUACACCCAUACAGACAGGUGCGAAAAGACAGAAAUACCUACACCCUGGUUCAGACGUGCAGUGACCGUUCAAGCAUAUAGCAUACACUAUACAAUACAAGGUUCUCAAAGACCGCACACGGUCUUCUUGCCCUCACGCAAGUGGACGGGUUAUUUUUUUUUUACAUUAGAAUGUUUAAUCAGUGGCAAUUUGGAAAUUCUCCGCCUGCCAGGGUUUCUGCGAAGAAAAAGCAAUCCUCAAAAGUCAAGAACAGGACACCCACUGGCAUUGGCAAAGUGGCAACUGGCAACAGCAGCAGCAGCGAGACGCACAGAGACAGAAAUCGAAAUGUCUUCAAUUAGCGCCACGGCCACUACCGGCUCCGGCAACAGCAACAGCAACAGCAACAGCAACAGCAACAGCAACAGAAGGUUGACGUAUUGGUGUCACGCGUGCUUAAUGAACGUCUCUCUCUUCUCCUCUCAACCUCUUCUCUGCCCUCGUUGCAAUGGCGGUUUUCUCGAGGAGAUGGAAUCAUCCCCUACCACUCUCUUCACCCCUUACUCCUCCAGCCCUAAUGAUCCCAAUAACACUCACUUCCCCAUCGUCUCCCAUCCGGAAACCCACUUCACCCCUGCCACCCACGACGACACCUUCGAAAUCCCCGCCGCCGCCGUUUCCGACCAACUCCUCCUCGAUCGCCUCAUCCACCACCUCUCCGAUCCCGACGUCGUCGACAACACUUUUCGUUAUUAUCAGCCCGCCUCAACUCCAGCAUCCAAAUCCUCCGUCGAAUCGAUCCCCACCAUCAAAAUCACUAGCUUAUUGUUGGCUGCCGAUACUCUUCUCUGUGCGGUCUGCAAAGACGAGUUCGUUGUCGGCGUCGAGGCCAAGCAGUUGCCUUGCAAGCAUCUCUACCAUUGCGAUUGUAUCUUGCCAUGGUUGUCGCAGCACAAUUCUUGCCCCGUCUGUCGCUUUUGCCUCCCCACAGAUGAGACCGAGCAGCCCAGCCGCAGACCUACUCGAGGGGCUAGGGUUGCAAUGAGGUUUAGGAAUUUGAUGGAGGAUGAAGAAUUCUUUGGGACUGGGAGUACGCUGAGGCUUUUUUCUCGGAGGCACAGGCUUGUGUUCCCGGCGAGGUCAAUUGCUGCUACUGCCGACUCAACUCAGAUGGCACAAGCUGAGACCAGCUCCGGGGGACCUGCGAACAGUGGGGAGACUGUUUCCAGCUGGCCGGUUGAGGAGGCUAGUAGGACCCUUUGGAGUGCUAGUAGUAGUGGUGGUGUGGGCGAUAGUAUCGCCGGAUUGGAUGAGGAUGGUGACACUGUAAUGUCGGAAAUUAGGCGCUUUUUCGAUUGAGUUGCUUUUGGGGAUUCUGUUUUUGCAGACGCCAGUUUGCAUUCUUUUUUCAGUCUAUGUACAAUAAAUUGUUAGAAGGGAGGUAUUUCUGGUGUUCUACUCUCUGGCCUUAGCCAACUUGUCUGAAAGUGACCGUCUCCUUCCUGAAAGAAGAAAAAAUUCCGGAUCUUCUCCAAAACCGAACGAUGGAAACAAUCCACUGUACUUAUUUAGUUAAAGAAGUAAUUUGCGCCAGAAGACUUGCAUACUUCUUGUAUGUAAAUGUGUGUUUCUUAUGCGUUACCUUUUCUUCUUUAAUCUCUUGCCUAAUUAAGUCUUGUUUAUUUUCUUCUCUACCAGUUACGUUUCUAUUUGGGUGAGAUGGAACCCAUUCCUUAGAUACCUAUUUCUGUGGAAUGUACAUUAAUUUUGCUUCCAUUCUUUGAAAUACCAAUAAAUACUAAGUAGAAGAUGAAGCUGCUUUAUUCUGA